UUCUAUGUGUCUAAGAGGGGGCCAAAAGUGUUUGACCUGGGCCACUUAGAAGAUUAGUCUGGCUAUGUUUAAACCAAACUUAAACCUAGCUAUAAACACACCCAAUAGCCCGAUGUCCCAUGCUGGAAGUUACAAGUGUGGGGACCUUUCUGUCCCCACACGCGUCCCCACAGCACCGUUAAAACCAGCCCUGCCACGGUGCGCUGGGGAGGAGGGUAAGAAACGCCCCCUGUGGGCGGGCCUUCCCGCUGACCGUGCGCCGACAAACACCGUGAGGGACUGUGCUCUGCACGCGCGGCUCUAGAGCGAAGAGCAAGAGGAGUUUGGAUCACUCCGCCGGGGCUUUAACGUGAACUAGAGCCGCAGACGGAGUAGCGGGCAGGCUGCUGUUGGUGCCCAGUCCCGGUACUAACUAACGCUUAUUCCUCCGCAGACCGUGGAGCUCCACAGGUACUCUGAUCUGAGGUUUACCGGGAUCUGUGUGUCUUGUGUUCGGAGCACGUCGCUGUGUUGGACACGAUGUCCUGUCCUCACCGCCUCCUGCUGGUUCUGCUAGUUCUGCUGGUUCACGACCCUCCGGCUCAGUCCAGGCCAGCCACAGAGGACACGCGCACAGCAGAUGCAGUGAAAUCCUCCGAAGACGAAGAAGAUGACGAAUCUUCGUCAGAGGAAAACAAGCUGUCCGACGAGCUGUCGACGAGCAGCGAGAAGCUGCAGCAGCCGCUGGAGCCGCAGUGGGUGAUGCCAGACAAGAUGGAGAAGCUGCUUCACGCCGUUCCUGCAAGCACAACGGUGAAGUUUCGAUGCCAAGCAAUGGGAAAUCCGCUUCCCUCCCUGCGCUGGUACAAGAACGGGAACGAGCUGAGGAAGGACCAACGAAUCGGAGGCUACAAGAUCAGAGACCACAUGUGGAGUCUAAUUAUGGAGUCAGUGGUUCCUUCUGAUAAAGGGAACUACACCUGUGUGGUGGAGAACGAAUAUGGAAGCCUGCGACACACUUACCAGCUGGAUGUAGUCGAGCGCUCUCCUCACAGGCCCAUCCUGCAGGCCGGGCUGCCGGCCAACCAGACGGCAGUGGUUGGCAGCAACGUGGAUUUUGUGUGCCGCGUCUUCAGCGACCCACAGCCUCACAUCCAGUGGCUCAAACACAUCGUCAUCAACGGCAGCAAAGUGGGACCGGACGGACUGCCCUACGCUCGUGUUCUCAAAACUGCUAAUGUGAACACCACAGACAGAGAGAUGGAGGUGCUGAAUCUGAGAAGUGUAACUCUGGAAGACUCUGGAGAGUACACCUGCCUGGCCGCCAACUCCAUUGGGGUGUCGCACCACUCUGCGUGGCUCACUGUGGUCGAUGACCCUCCGCCCUCCCCACUGUCCUCGCAGGCGUACCUGGAGAUCUUCAUCUACUGCCUUGGGUUUUUCAUCAUCGUCGUCCUCACCGCCACAGCAGUCAUCUGCAGGCUCUGCUGUGUCCCGAAGAAAAGUGACUUCAGCAACCAGCUGGUCGUACAGAAAUUAGCCAAGAGCAUGCCUCUGAAGAGACAGGUGAGGAGACAGGUGUCAGUCGAGUCGUCGUCCUCACUGCAAUCGGGGAUGUGUUUGAUGCGUCAGUCUCGUCUCUCCAGCGCGGCCACCACCGUCCUGGUGGGCGCGUCCCAGUACGAACUUCCCUACGACCCUGCGUGGGAGCUGCCUCGUGACCGGCUGACUCUAGGGAAGCCUCUGGGCGAAGGCUGCUUCGGUCAGGUGGUUCUGGCCGAGGCCAUCGGGAUCGACAAAAACAAACCGACACGGGUCACCAAAGUCGCCGUGAAGAUGCUCAAAGCCGAUGCCACGGAGAAGGAUCUGUCUGACCUCAUCUCUGAAAUGGAAAUGAUGAAGAUGAUCGGCAAACACAAGAACAUCAUUAACCUGGUGGGCGCCUGCACGCAGGACGGUCCUCUCUAUGUGGUGGUGGAGUAUGCUGCGCAGGGUAAUCUGAGGGAGUAUCUGCGAGCUCGCCGGCCGGUCGGGGCGGAAUACUGGAGCAGCUCCAGGCAGGCGUCACUGGGCAGCCUGGAGGUCAGAGAGCUGGUGUCGGCAGCGUACCAGGUGGCCCGAGGGAUGGCAUACCUCGCAUCAAAGAAGUGCAUUCACAGAGACUUGGCGGCCCGGAACGUUCUAGUCACCGAAGACAGCGUAAUGAAGAUCGCCGACUUCGGUCUGGCUCGAGACAUCCACCACAUCGACUACUACAAGAAGACCACCAAUGGUCGGUUGCCAGUGAAGUGGAUGGCGCCGGAAGCUUUGUUUGACCGAAUCUACACACACCAGAGCGACGUGUGAGUCCUCUGAAGCCUACCGAGCACUUGAACCAAGACUUCCUCUUCCUGUGAUUUUACAGCAUUUUACGGCUUCCUGUUUUUUGAGCUCAUCACAUCAUGUGUGUUUUUAAAAUAAUUUACACUGGUAGGGAGAAGCAGUCUCAGCAGAGAUGCCUAGACCCCGCUCUGUCUUCCUCCUCCUCCCCAGUAGUGCUAUGUGAUACAAAGUAAAUACAGGGCUAAUAUAACUGAUGCCGAUAUAUUUAACUUAUAGAGGCAGCUGAUGUCGGGGAGCACGGUGCGUACUGAUUUAUGACAAACCAUCAUCAGUUUGCGAAAAGAUCAUUAAAUCACUGUGACUUUUACUUUCAAAAUAAGAAGUUAACACAGUAAAACAGACCUUCUGGCUUUUAUUUUGAAACUGAGCUGAAUGUAGAGGUGUCUAUCUCAGCGUCUGUAGUUUAACUGUGCUGCAGGCUGGAAACAAAGUGGACAGUCAGCACAGACGUGUUUCAUAGCUCAUGUUUGGAGUGUAUAUAUAUAAUUAUUUAAAAAAUGAUUUAACACACUUCAGUGAGCUGAAAAUAUGCUGCUACAGUAACAGCUACAGUAGCUCACAAAAGUGAGUACACCCCUUAAAUUUGUUGAAAUAUUUUAUUGUAUCUUUUCAUGGGACAACAUUAAAGAUAUGACACAAUGUAAAGUAGUUAGUGUGCAGCUUGUAUAACGGUGUAAAUUUGCUGUAAUCUCAAAAUAACUCAACACACAGUCAUUAAUGUCUAAACCGCUAGUAACAAAAGUGAGUACAGCCCUAGGUGAAAAUGUCCAAACUGGGCCAAAGUGUCAAUAUUUUGUGUACCUAUCAUUAUUUUCCAACACUGCCUUAACUUGGUCUUAUCAGACCACAGGUAAUCCAUGUUCUUAGUCUGCUUGUCUUCAGCAAAGUGUUUGCAAACCUUCUUGUGCAUUUUCUUUAGAAGAGGCUUCCUUCUGGGACAACAGCCAGUUGAUGCAGUGUGUGCCGUAUGGUCUGAGCACUGACAGGCUGACCCUCCACGCCUUCAAUCUCUGCAGCAAUGCUGUCAGCAUUCACACAUCUAUUUUUAAAAGACAACCUCUGGAUAUGACGCAGAGCACGUGCACUCAACUUCUUUGUUCGACCAUGGCGAGGUUCGUUUUGACUGGAACCUGUCCUGUUAAACUGCCGUAUGGUCUUGGCCACCGUGCUGCAGCUCAGUUUCAGGAUGUUGUCAAUAUUCUUAUAGCCUAGGCCAUCUUUAUGUAGAAUAACAAUCCUUUUAUUCAGAUCCUCAGAGAAUUCUUUGGCCUGAUGUGCCAUGUUAGACUUCCAGUGACCAGUAUGAGAGAGUGUGAGAGCAAUAACACCAAAUUCAAGACACCUUCCAAUUUGCACCUGAGACCUUGUAACUCUAACAAGUCACAUGACACCAGGGAGGGAAAAUGGCAAAUUGAGCACAAUUUAGACAUUUUCACUUAGGGCUGUACUCACUUUUGUUGCCAGCGGUUUAGACAAUAAUGGCUGUAUGUUGAGUUAUUUUGAGGGGACAGCAAAUUGACACUGUUGGACAAGCUGCACACUGACUACUUUACAUUGUAUCAAAGUGUCAUAUCUCCUAUGAAAAGAUACAAUAAAACAGGAAAAUGUGAGGGGUGUACUCACUUUUGUGAGAUAUAGUAUAAUGGCCAAAAACACUUUAACAUUAGCUGAUGCUGACUCUCAACUCUCAGUCAUGACCGAUGUCGUGACUGAAACAUCACUUUCACCUCUGUGUGAGCCACUUGGAUAUUCUUUAUCUGUCUGAAGUACUGUGACCUCUGACCUUUGUGCCGGGUGUGUGUGAGGGGUUUCCUUCCAGCAGCAUCGUGUUUGCAGUGUUUUCAUGUACAGCUGUGAAGUAGCUCUACACGCACUGCAGCCUGCACAGCUCUGCUCAGUGCUGCUCAUGUGACCGCAGGGCGACUAAUCACAGCAGAGCAGGGAGGUGGCUGCAGACACGCCUGUUGUCUGAUGAAUGGGUACAACACUGAACAAACUUAAGUACUGAUCUGAUGCCAAUACCUGUGUUGCCACCGAUACUGUCGAUACUUGAUCAGUCCGCCCGCCCCUACACUGGGUCUGCACUGGGGUCUCCUCCGAUUAGACCAGAAACUCAUCAUGAGGAGGCGUCCUGUUCAGAUGCUGAACCUGCCUCCUUUUUAUGUGGAGGAGCAAAUCUGCUCUGAGCUCCUCCUGAACUCCUGUCCCUGGAGCCCCUCUGGAAGCUCAUUCCCACGCUCGUGCUCACGGGUGAGGGCAGGAACGUAGAACGAGCUGUAAAUCUGCAACUUCGCCCUCAAAGCUCGACACAAAUGUCUGUCAAUCACCCGCUUUGCUCUCCUCCGACUCGUGAAACUCAUCCCAGCCUGGAGUGGACCUCCACCCCAGCAGAAGGUGACGUUAAAGCAGCAAGUAGCUGUUUGACAGCUCCGAUCUAUGGAGUGUGAAAUUAGAUGCUGGUGCUAAAGAUCAUGGGUUAAUGUUUACAUGUUCGAUGGUUCAGAUGUUGUCUUCAGGUGAAGCAGAGAGAUAGAAAUAGUGAUAUAGAGAAAUAGCUAUUUAAUAUUUCAAUUAUUAAUAAAUGAGGAUUUUUAUGAGUUAUUUUCAUAAGACAGUUGGGAGAAAAUUACAGAGCUGCUCGUUUAUCUCUGU